GGGCGUCAGCUGUUCGUGUUUUCGAUAAGUAGCGAUGUUCAUACGUACGGCAGUCAAUAAACAGAAUUUCAAUUUUUUCAGUUAGGAAAAUUUUGUUGGCCGUCUAAAUAUAAAUUCUAUGAUCUACAUAUUUAACUUCGAGCUCUGUUGCGUUACUGACUUUGAUUCGCUUAAAAGUAUUUGUAUUAUUAAACCGCCUGCAAGAACCGUUUUUCUGUAACUGGUUGAUGCUGCGCAUCUACAUCCCGAAAAAACAAUGGCCGAUGAUUUACGAAGGCGCAUUUUGAAUAUCAAUCGGCCUGAGUCCGAUGAAGCGCUGAACGGACAUGCGGUGGAUUCCGAACACGUUCCACUCAGUCCUGUCACCGAAAAUGCGUCGCACAGUCCCGAUUCGUUCGGGAUCAAAUUCUCCGUGGGUUCCAAGGUCUCCGACGAUAAUUUGCACGCUCGUGUCGGCCCGAAUCCACCAAGCCACAGUGGCGUGCUUUCUGUAAAGCCUGGUAAUUACGACAUGGUGCGCGAUCUCCAGAUCCAGACGCUUACUGCCAAAGCAGAGACCUUGAAGGCGGAAUAUCUGGAAUGUGUGGAUAAAGAGCUGGAUACGCUAAUAAACAAGUUUGUCUCGGAAGCCGUGCCCAAAAGCGAACUGGCCGUGCACCAUGUGGCCUACACUGGAACGGCUUCUCCAGGCAUGCGGCGCGGCGAUAAAAGCGGGGAACUGCUGCGCAAGGAAUUCGUAGCGCGAAACUCGUAUUUAACAGAUCUGUUUGAAAUUCCACACAUCAAUACGAUCCAGUCAAUUUUCAUCGCCGUAUUGAUCAUUUUUGCCGCGAACACCAUCAUCAGCGAUAUUUUCGAUCAUGGAACAAUUGGUGUGGAUUACAAAGUCUGGCUUCAUGCGUUUGCCCAGCUGCCGUCGGUAGUAAUGUUUUGGCUAGCUAUGCAAGCUAGCACCCUUUUUGUAGUAUACUGGGGGAUAACAUUUUGGGCGAAAAAUCGACAAAAAUCGGAACAAAUUGAUCUGUUCGAUAAAUUUUGGCUGCUAAUCUACACGGGAUACUUGCUUAUAUUUUUGGUUGUACCCGCCUGGUUUAUUAUGCAUUUUGAACUUCCACCCGGGUCGGCAGGCAUUGUUGUUGGCGAACAGGUACGCAUGUUGAUGAAAACUCAUGCAUUUGUGCGGGAGAAAAUACCGGACGUGAUCAAACUGACCGUGGCGCAACAUCCUGAUCCCGCUCCAGAUUUUCAUCGGUACCUGUACUUCCAGUAUAUUCCUACACUGGUGUAUCGCGACAAUUAUCCAAGGAUUAAGGCGGUCCGAUGGAACUUGGUUUUGAAGAACUUCGCUCAGUUUUUGGGUGGAGUGCUAUACUGCAACUAUGUGUAUAUACGAUUUUGCAUUCCUGCAUUUCGUAACUUUAAUCGCGAACAUGUCAGUGUGGGUGUUUUUCUGAAGGCCAUUUUCGAUGCCAUUUUACCGGGCUCUUUGCAUUUUAUGGUGAUCUUUUACGCAUUCCUUCAUGCAUGGAUGAACGCUUUUGGAGAAAUGCUGCGAUUUGCGGAUCGCCUGUUUUAUCGAGACUGGUGGAAUAGCACUACUUUUUCCAAUUACUAUCGCACUUGGAAUAUCGUGGUACACGACUGGUUAUACAGUUACGUAUAUGUCGACAUUGUCAACCUCCUCGGUCAAUCCUACCGAACGACUGCCAUGUUGGUGACAUUCCUUCUGUCCGCCGUUGUUCAUGAAUAUUUGAUGUGUUGCCUGCUAAGGAUGUUCUAUCCUGUCAUCUUUGUAUUAUUUGCUGUUUUCGGCGUGUGGAUGGUAUUUGUUACAAAGACCAAGUCUUCCCAUGCUUGGAAUGUCGUAAUGUGGUUGUCGAUCUUUUUGGGCCAAGGCGUUCUGAUGACAUUGUAUGGUUCCGAGUACUAUGCCCGUCUGAAUUGUCCUCCAACUACGGAUAACUUUUGGGAUAAAGUCAUUCCGCGCUCCUGGAUGUGCUACGUCUGGCAUCCCACCCUGAACUACACUACUGAGGCGUAGAAAAGAUUUUGGGCAUAAGCGUUGUUAUUUCAUUCUUUUCCAAAGUGGGUGCGGCUUUGUUUCUGAGUGUGAUAUACUAUUUAAUGCCAAAUCGUUUUUUACUUCUUUUAUCCUUGUUACUUUUUUGAACCAGUUGAUCCGUUAUUUGAUACAGUAUUUACCUUUGUACGCAACAUUUUGUAGCUGCGCUUCUAAUUAAGCACAUACACAUAGAUAUACUGGUGUGGAUUUGUUUUGAGGUAUGUAAAUUAAAAUUAAUUAGUUUCUGGGA